GUUAAUCAGGUGGGCCGUUCUUAUUGUUGCUGUCCGAAGUUUGUAUCUACAACAAGGUCUGCCCAUACAAUCUGCUAAAUAUGUGUUGUGCUGCAACAGUUAAAAGUGUGAAAGGAGCGCGCGGCGUGAAACUGUCGAAAGCAAUUGCCAUUGCCUGGGUCUACUGGUGCUCGCUGUGAGGCUCUGUCCGCCCCCCACCCCGCCACACAACAGCACAACUCGAACAACAACGGGCGCUGAUAACGGUAGCUUCAGACGCAGCAGCCAUAGGCCAUAGGCAGAGCGAAAGCUCCAGUUCAAGCUAGUGGCAGGGCAGCCAGCCCCAACUCCAAGCAGUUCAACAGCAGCUACGCUGUUGGCCCCCUGCCCCGGCCUCUGUCCCUUUUACCCAGCCAUUCAGUGUCAGUCAUGGGCACCAUCUCAUCGGUGCUGCAGUGGUCGUGCACCAAGUGCAAUACGAUCAAUCCAACUGAAUCUCUCAAAUGCUACAAUUGCGGUACUGUGCGCAAGGUGUUUCCCAGUCCUACCGCAACAUUGUCGUCGCACCAGACGGUCACAGCGACAGCAACAACAACUACACAGCGACAGCCCAGCACUUGGAUACAUCGACAGCGAGCACCCCCGCAUCCGGCAGAAGCGUUGCCAGCUGAUGGAGAGUCGCUGGAUAGGAGCAAAACGGUAACCAGAAAUGAAUACAACAAACAUGUCUACAAGUCGCUGCUGCGCGGCUGUCUGAAGCGACCGCAGCGGAAUAGCCAGAACCUGCCCGCCAAUUGCGUGGAUUGCGAGGAUACGCGAAAGUACAUCAAGAGCUCCAUCGAGCUGUAUCGCCACUUCUCGAAUCCGGCGUUGAACCGACGCUGGAUCUGCCACGCCUGCGAGACGGACAACAAUUCGGUGACCUGGCACUGCUUGAUCUGUGACACGGUCAGCUAUCUGGCGCCCAUCUACAAGGACGCAAUUGCUGGCCAAGAGCUGGCUGCUGCUGGCAGUGUGUUGGGCAGCAAGGGGGAUUUGCUGGUGGACAGAUCGGAACCGAAUAAUCAUCACCAGCAUCAGCACCAGCACCAGGAGGAGCAACAGCAACAGCAACAGCAGCAACAACAACAACAACAACAUUCCCAAAAACGACAGCUCAAGGGCAGUGGUCGCAGCGGUAGAUUCUCACUAUUUCGUCGCACCCAAAGCCUGAGCACGGCCAUUGACAAGAGCUCCUCGGGUCGCAGCUGUCACAUUUGCUAUGUGAACAAUCAGAGCAAGGAUAUCUUCAAUUUGCCGCAAUCCAAGCCGCAGCUAGUGGCCGCAGGUGCUCCUCCGUUGGCCAGCUGCAGCAAUUCCCGUUUUGCCAUUGCCAAUGACACAUUCUGUCGCCGCAAGCAGAACAACAAUAACAAGAACCAAAAUAAAGUUGUGCGCGAAAGUUGCGCCAAAAAGAAAUAUAAUUUUACGAUCACAACGCUGUCGCGAUCGGCGGCCAAGGAGGUGCCCAAGUCGAUAGCCAAGCCGCUGCGACAGCAACUCCUCCUGCAGCAGCAGCAGCAGCAGCAGCCGACGACGAAGCAACAGCAAGCGAAUGCGCAGCGUGAGCCAGCAGCAGUGAGUAUGAAUCCAACACAGUUCACCAUACCGAGGAACGGAGUCUUCAUAGCGGUCAAUGAGUGGUCAGAGCCGACAACCAGCAGCAAUGUGGCCAGUGGAAAGCGCACUCAGCAGCAGCAGCAGCAGCAGCAGCAGCAACACAAUAACAACAACAACAACAGCAGCAAUAGCAACAAAAACAACAACAAGGAGCAACAGCAGCUAUACGAGAACGAUUGCGUGGCCUUGGCCCAGCAGCAGCUGAGGGCAAGCGCGGCACAGGCAGCACAGAUAGCAGCAACCGCCGUGGCUGUGCCCGAGAUUAGCUCACCUGUGGCUGUGGCUGCGGCUGAGCAGCCGCUGCCGGCAAUGCCCAUCUACGCACAGGUGAACAAGCAGCACAAGCUCAAAAAGAAACAGCAGCAGCAGCAGCAGCAGGAAGCGCUGGCCAACAACAAUGGCCUCAACAGCGUUGAGGCGGCAGCAGCAGCGGACAACGGCAGUGGCAGCGAAGCUGUGACAGGAUUUGGUUGCCUGGGCGCCAGCACCGAUGGCAGCGGCGAGGCCAGCGAAACAGAAUCGAGCAGCACACAGCCGGAGCUGCAUGUCGAAGAGCAUUCCAUUUACGCCAAGGUCUGGAAGGGACCACGCAAGGCGACAGAAUCGAAAAUCACGCAUGAACCGCGUCCCAACGCCGCCUCAAGCUCAAGCUCAGCAGCGACUGUCGGGCAACGCAACGACAAUAAGCCGCUGCUGGUGUUGGCUGCCCACAGCAGUCGCAGCAAGAUGUGGACAUGCAUCAAAUGUUCCUACGCCUACAAUCGUCUCUGGCUGCAGUCCUGCGAGAUGUGCGAGGCCAAGCUGGAGCAGCAGCAGCAACAGCAGCAGCAGCAGGCAGGUGCGUAAACGGCGCAGAACUCUCCCGAAUUUGUGUUAAUAAAUUGUCUUGCAGAGACACCCACGCAUCGCGAUGAACCGUGGACCUGCAAAAAGUGCACGCUGGUCAACUACUCGACGGCCAUGGCCUGCAUUGUGUGUGGCGGCUCCAAGCUGAAGAGCAUCUCCUCCAUCGAAGACAUGACGCUGCGCAAGGGCGAGUUCUGGACCUGCAGCCAUUGCACGCUGAAGAACUCGCUGCAUUACGGCAUGUGCAGUGCCUGCAAGUCGAUACGCCUGCUGCCGGUCGAGACGGUGCGCGAGCGUCCCGACGGCCAGUCGUAUGAGGAGCAAGACGCAGCCGCUGCCGCAGCCGCAGCCACUGCUGCUGGGCAGCAUCUACCAGCGGGCAGCGCUGGCAAUGAGGCGAAGACGCCCACAGUCAUGUCUAUGCCCAUGCCGAUGCCACUGUCCAUGCCCAUGGCCAUGCCCAUGCCUAUGCUGCAGCUGCCCGCAGCUGUGGUGCAUCGUGGCUCGCGCAGUCCAUCGCCCAUGCCACAGCAGCAGCAGCAGCAAUCGCAAUCGCAGAUGCAGCCAGUGAGAAGCUCCUCGGGUGCCAUACCAAAAAGACACAGCACCGGCGGCUCCAUUGUCCCACGUAACAUUUCCAUUGCCGGGCUGGCGGCCGGCACUUCGGCCUACAACAUACAGCAGCAGGGAACGCCAGCAGCUGCUGGCGCCAAGAAGUGGCAGUGUCCGGCCUGCACGUACGAGAACUGCGCCGCCUCCGUGGUCUGCGACAUCUGCUCGAGUCCGCGCGGCCUGGUGAACGCUGUCAUCGGGGAUGCUCUGUCCAGGAAGUCCAUACGCGUGGCCCUCACCGACAUCAGGCAGGAGAGCAAGCUGAUGGAGAACCUGCGCCAGCUGGAGGAGACCGAGGCGCUGACCAAGUGGCAGAAUAUCAUUCAGUAUUGCCGCGACAACAAUGAGCUCUUCGUGGACGACUCCUUUCCGCCAGCGCCCAAGAGUCUCUACUACAACCCGGCGAGCAGCGCCACCGAGGGCAAUCCCGUGGUGCAGUGGCGUCGCCCCCACGAAAUCAACUGCGACGGUGGGGCGUAUCCACCGUGGGCUGUGUUUCGCACUCCCCUGCCGUCGGACAUCUGCCAGGGUGUGCUGGGCAACUGCUGGCUGCUCAGCGCAUUGGCCGUGCUGGCGGAGCGGGAGGAUCUGGUGAAGGAGGUGCUCGUGACGAAGGAGAUAUGCGCACAGGGCGCCUACCAGGUGCGCCUCUGCAAGGAUGGCAAGUGGACCACGGUGCUGGUGGAUGAUCUGCUGCCGUGCGACAAGCGCGGCCACUUGGUCUACUCGCAGGCGAAGCGGAAGCAGCUCUGGGUGCCGCUGAUCGAGAAGGCGGUGGCCAAGAUUCAUGGCUGCUACGAGGCACUCGUCUCCGGCCGUGCCAUCGAGGGCUUGGCCACGCUGACGGGCGCUCCCUGUGAGAGCAUACCGCUGCAGGCCAGCUCCCUGCCCAUGCCCAGCGAGGAUGAGCUCGAUAAGGAUCUGAUUUGGGCGCAACUUUUGAGCUCGCGCUGCGUGCGGUUCCUCAUGGGCGCCAGCUGCGGCGGCGGCAACAUGAAGGUCGACGAGGAGGAGUAUCAGCACAAGGGACUGCGUCCCCGGCACGCCUACUCCGUGCUGGACGUGAAGGAUAUACAGGGGCAUCGGCUGCUGAAGCUGCGCAAUCCCUGGGGCCACUAUUCGUGGCGUGGCGACUGGUCGGAUGACUCCUCGCUGUGGACGGACGACCUGCGGGACGCCCUGAUGCCGCACGGCGCCUCCGAGGGCGUCUUCUGGAUCUCCUUCGAGGACGUGCUCAACUAUUUCGACUGCAUCGAUAUCUGCAAGGUGCGCUCCGGCUGGAAUGAGGUGCGCCUGCAGGGCACACUGCAGCCCCUGUGCUCCAUCUCCUGUGUGCUGCUCACCGUGCUGGAGCCCACCGAGGCGGAAUUUACGCUCUUCCAGGAGGGUCAGCGCAAUUCCGAGAAGUCACAGCGCUCCCAAUUGGAUCUCUGUGUUGUGAUAUUCCGCACCCGCUCGCCGGCGGCACCCGAAAUCGGGCGUCUCGUGGAGCACAGCAAGCGGCAGGUGCGCGGCUUUGUGGGCUGCCACAAGAUGCUGGAGCGUGACAUCUACUUGCUGGUUUGCCUCGCCUUCAAUCACUGGCACACUGGCAUCGAGGAUCCGCAUCAGUAUCCGCAGUGCAUCCUCGCCAUCCACAGCUCAAAGCGUCUGCUUGUGGAGCAGAUAAUACCCUCGCCGCAUCUCCUGGCCGAUGCCAUCAUCAGUCUGACGCUGACCAAGGGCCAACGGCACGAGGGACGCGAGGGUAUGACCGCCUAUUACCUCACCAAGGGCUGGGCGGGUCUGGUUGUGAUGGUUGAGAAUCGGCACGAGAACAAGUGGAUUCAUGUCAAGUGCGACUGCCAGGAGAGCUACAAUGUGGUGUCCACACGAGGCGAGCUCAAGACCGUGGACUCGGUGCCGCCGCUACAAAGGCAAGUGAUUAUUGUGCUAACCCAGCUGGAGGGCAGCGGCGGCUUUAGCAUCGCUCAUCGUCUCACGCAUCGGCUGGCCAACUCGCGGGGCCUGCACGACUGGGGACCGCCUGGAGCCACGCACUGUCCACCAAUCGAAAAUGUACACGGGCUGCAUGCACCGCGCCUGAUCACCUAAGGAUGGCACGCAUGAAAAUAAUGAAUGAAUCAACGCAUAAACGGAUGGGUGGGGGGAUUAUGCCUGGAGCACUGGUUAAAGAUAACGAACGAUUAAUGAUGAUGAUGAUGAUGAUUCCUUUCGAUGUUCUCUCGAUGUGUACUUAUGUAUGUUCUUGAUUUCCAUUCGUCUCCGCUCUAGUCGAUGUUUUGUAAACGUAUUACGUACCACACACACAUACAACAACAACAACAAAAAAUACCAAAACCCAAA